GUAGAAAUGCCGGCGGUUCGUAGGUUACUUUGCGUUCGGCAUCUCGAGGGCACGUGCGACGAGAACUACAUAAUUAAGCAUUGCAAUGCUUGAUUAUGUAAAAUACCCGACGUAGCUUAUCAAUCACGCUUAAUUAAUCAUAGAACAAUGGAGAGUUUCUGUCCGGUGUGCGCGAAGGACGGCAUUAAGAGAAGAAUCAAGGCGUUUCAGAUCAAUUUGGAAGAAGCGGUGUGGUCCUGCGAGGCGGAAGACUGCAGCUGGCCGAUCGGUUACGAGGAGCUGACAUUCUUCUCUCGAAAUGCUCUCUCCUGCACCUGGGAGGAGUCGAGGAGCUCCGUCAAGGAGGACGUGUCCGCGCUGACGGAACUUUCGCUCUACACACCACCUGUGACUCCCGGGGAGGACCUUUCCAAAGAGCUGACGGAAAUCAUGGCCGAAUAUCUAUCGAAUACACCAGCUGAGGACAAAGCCGGUACAUCGCCUGUAUGUGAAGAAUACAUUGCCUCGACGAAGGAAUCUGCCGGUUCCAAUAAAUCGCCGCUGUUCGAGGCAUUCGAAUUAAGAGACGUUAAUUCCCCUGAGAAAUGCAGAAUUAGUGUCUCGAAUGAGCAGAAUGCGGGCGUUAGGACGCUGCCGAAGAUCAUCAACAUCGAAAACAUUAAUAUUAAUCUUAGGAUUUUUCCUAGCACCAAUGAACAUUGUAAUAAUAGAAAGAUACAGGAACAUGGACAUUCCCUCGCGGAUACAACCGUAACAGACACUUUCAAGAAUCUCGAUUUAUCUGAUUACACAUGCGUAGGUUUAAGUGAGCAGCAUAAAAGUGGAAGUGAACAGAAUGAAGGUGGCAAAUUACUGCAAUCAGACGCUACAGUGAAUGACGUGGAAAUGAAUUCUGGCGCGGGGGUAAUCUCGGCAACUACGAAAAUGCUAGUCAACCUAGAUGUUACAGAUAACUUGAAUACAGCAAACGAGUCUCUAGGGAAUAUGUCGAGCGGUGAGAUAAACACUCUGUUGGAAGAUAUGCUUAUGGACACGAGCAUACCUGCAGACAUAAAUGAUGAUUGGUUAAAUUUGUUGAUGAGCUGACAACAGUAACGCUUAUAUUUAUUUUUAUUUAAUGCAAUAUAUUUACGUAAACAAAGACUGAAAAGUAUGACGAAGGAGAUCAGAUUGUAUACUACACUGAUAAUUAUAAUGAUAAAUAUAUAUUGAUAAUUAUGAAUUGUGAUAAUAUUAUAGAAUGACGUUUAACUAUAAUAAAAUAGUUAUAGGAAACAGUAUUUUUAAGAAGCAGAAUAUUUUCUUAUUUUGCUACUUUUAUUUAUUCGUGCUUUUUAACAACGUAAUAAUUAAUCCGCCUACGAUAGAAAAAACCUCAAAUAUUUACAGGAAAUUAUUUGAUCUUCGGAGAAGAAGAGAAAAUCAGUCAAAUGAGAAAUAAAAGUUAAAAUUUCAGAAAAUUAAAGAGAGAACUA